CAGUCACUGCCAGUCUUUGCUACCUGAGCAAACUCGUUGAAGACUCGAGUUCAAGUCUUGUCUUCUUCUCCUCCUCUUCCUCCUCUUCCUCCUCCUCCUCCUACUCCUCACCAUCCUGCCCGCACGCCGCCGACCUUACACCCAUCCAUCCCGCGUCCAUUGUCUCUCCUUCUUUCCUUCGCCUCUCCCCUUCACUCCUCUUCUCUUCGUCUGUGUUGUUUCCUACCUCAAAUUUUGAACCAAAUGCCCACUCCGACUUUCCUAGCCCACGAUGGCCUACAUCGAGCCACGCCUCAUCCACCUGCUGAACGAUUCCACCACGCCACAGCUCGCUCACGCUGAUCUGCCGCCCCUCCGUCUAGCCUUCUCUCGUCCCUCCGAGAGGCCCUUCCCACUUGAGCCUGAGACCACCCAUCGCGAGGAAAACACCAAAGGGCCCUCGCUCGCCACCACCCAUGGAGCCCCACCACAGAAUGCCGGCACCCUCGACGACAGCUUCUCCGCACGAGAUUCACGAAAGGAUGACGAAGCACCAAUCGACCGGGGAGCAGUCAACAGCACCGCGCACCUGCAAUUGAGACUGCUCUUGGGCGAGGACCGAGAUAAUGCAGACUCCUCCUUUUCUCUUAGCAAGAUCCUCGAUGAGGUGCCCGAAAACAAAGAUGAUUCUGCAAAUAAGAAGAGGCACCGAAACGUUGCCACCAAGGACGAUUUCGUGCAGCUACCACAGCCUGUCAAGAAACAAAAGCCAAUUCAACCCCAGGUCAUGCCGACUAUGCCGCCCAUUAUCAAUGGCUUACACGAACCUCCUCCCGACGCCGCGCUGUUCCCGCCCAUUGCCUCCAACGACUUCAACGAGCCCGAAAGCAACCAGCUCAAGCCGCUUCGAGAUUUCGCUCCUGUGCCCGAAGAGAAGGAUAUGGAAAUUGAGGUUGAAAAGCCCGCCGAGGCUGACUCGACAACAUCCAAGAACUCGAAAUCUAGUGGGGGCAAAACAAGGAAGAAGGCGAUGAAGCCCAGGCGGAAGUGGUCCGAAGCUGAGACAAACCACCUACUGUUGGGUGUCAAUCGUCACGGUGUUGGAAAGUGGACCGAUAUCCUAGCAGACCCCGACUUCAACUUCAAUGACCGGACUGCGGGUGACUUGAAGGACCGCUUUCGCACCUGCUGCCCGAACGAGUUGCGCAGGACUAAUAGCGAACCGAAGAUUACAACUGCUGCUGUCGCGCCGCCGACGACUCCAACCGAACCAAAGGCCAGAGCGAAAACGGGUCUGCUAUCUGAAAACAUACUCAUAGCCCAAGAUGAGACUGCAGCCAGCGAACAGUCCCAGAUGACACAGGCUGAUUUAGACGCCUUUCCUAAGAUGAAGAGGAGUAGGGCGCACCGCAAGAAGCUGGAGGAUUUAGCGGAGCUAGGAAUACACGGCCCAUUCAAGAAGUCUCACAGAAGAGAAAGACGACCUUUUACCGACCAAGACGACAAGCAAAUACUUGAAGGGUUGGACAAAUAUGGACCAGCUUGGACCAAGAUCCAGAGAGACCCACGCUUUAGUCUGUCAGGAAGACAACCGACCGACCUAAGAGACAGGGUUCGGAACAAGUACCCCAGCGUUUAUGCCAAGAUUGAGAAGGGAUUAUUCCAGCCCCAGGAUGGGCGAGGGGGCGAUACACUCGAACCAACGGUUAGCAUGAGCAUUUCGAAUACUCUACAGCCCAACAGGCCGCCUCCCAUGGAAGCAGCAUUGAACAGAACCAACUCCAAGGAGGACCUCCCCAGGUGGCCUCUGUCUGUCAUUGACAAUGGAGAACUGCCUGCCAGUCAGCAGGCCUUCGACUUUGGUGAAACCAGCACGGCGACAUUCAUGGGAAGUGCAGGGGAGAUGGACAUCUCUCGCCUACUGCUGGACGACUCACAGGUCGCCAGCUCAACCGCGAUAUACGCACCCGAUCAGACGUCUGAAUCGACGUCACCAUAGCGUAUCACUGGGUGUUGAAAUCUCAACAGCCCUUCGCCAGCUGGAUCUUCGUCCUGCUGCGUCUUUUCAGCGGCCUAGCACCCUUGCUAGGUAGCGACCUGUUGCCUUGUGUGCAGGAUUUUGUAUCGAACAUUAGAAUCAAAAGUGCUGCGUAUUGUUUGCUUACGUGGCGUACAUGGAGAAAUGGGGUGCUUCGCUGCCCGAACGGUCGUUUCUGGACGUGAACUUAUACCAACUGGUUUUCCGUAUUCACAUUUGGGAGAUACGGCGCAUAAUCAGAUAUCUUUGGCCAAGGAUGGACAAAACGGGUUUGGGAGUGAGUUAGAUGGACUACCGUCGUUUCUGCACAAGAACGAGUUAGUGUUCCGGAGAGGCUAUCUGGGCACUGUGAGCUAGAAAGCACCAAUCGCUAGAUGAUUGUAUUGAAUACAGUGCACACGACCGGUGCAUACUAUGAACCCGGAA